AUGGGUCUAAAUUCAACUAAAUCUGCAUUAACAAAUGCCGAAUAUUCUCUAACACUUUCAUCACCAAAUGAUUUUUAUCGUAAUUUAUCAACAAUUCAAGGUGAAUUUCAUUUAAAUGUUCGGUCAAAAUUACGUAUUGAAAAAGAAAUUCGUAUUGAUUUAAUUGGACAAUUACUUGAAAAUAAAAAAUAUGCAUCACGUUCGAAUAGAAAUUCUUCUCAAUUCAAUAAUACACCUAAUAAUAAUAAUAAUAUUUUUUUAACAUAUUCAUGUUCACUUAUAACAUCACAUGAAAAUGGUACAGCACGAACAAUAAAACAUCAACAAGUUAAUUAUCCAUUUCGUAUACCACUUGGAUCGAAUUUACCACCAUCAUGCGAAUUUAAAGAAUUUUGUGUUGUUUAUUAUUUAGAAAUCUAUCAUGAUGGACGUUUAUUACCAAAUACACAUAAAAGAAUUACAAUAGCACCACAAACACCACAAAUUAUUGUGCCAUUACCGUGUAAAGUAACAGGUUCUGGUGAUGUCACAAUGAUCUGUAGUUUACCAAAAUCAUUUUAUUCCGGACGAGAUUGUCCAGUAGUACCAAUGUCAAUGUCAAUCACAAAUCCAAAACAAAAACAAAUCAAAGCAGUCACAGCACAAUUAAUGCAAACUGUUUCAUUAAAUGGAAUAAAACGUGAAAAUGAAAUUUUUACAGCUCUUCUUAAUGAAAUAGCAGAAAAUACGAAAGAAAAUGAAGUUAAUACAAAGUGUGAAUUAGUUUUGCCAGCUAAUCUAUCCCCAACAUAUGUUCCAAAUGAAACUGGUCAACCGGAUAAUGUACCAUCGAUUGCUAUAACUUAUGAAUUUCGUAUAACAGCCCAAAUGAAAGGUGCAACAACUCCUAAUAUUCGUCUAUCUGUACCUAUUGGUAUUGAGUGA